AUGCCUUCCCUCCUCACCCUCCCCGAGGAGCUUAUCCUCAUAAUCUGCGAGAACAUGACCCGGCCUUCGUUAGCAACAUUCCUCCGUACCAACACCAAAGCCCACCGAAUCGGGCAAUACGUCCUCUACAAGCUGCCACCAACCGAGAAACUCCGCGUCUUCACCUGGGCCCUCACCAACGCCCGCCACACAUCAACAGCAUACCUCCUCCCAUCAAUCGUGGCCCUCAGCACCACCGACACCACAAUAGGCGCAACAGCCCUAGCAUCCGCCUGCGCCGCAACCCACGUCGUCGCCGUAACCGCCCUCCUAGACGGCGGCGUCAGCGCAAACGCCUCCUUCCCAAACGGCACCCGCACAGCCCUCAUCGCAGCGGCCGAAGGCACGAACUACAACGACGCCGCGCAGUGCGUGCGCCUCCUCCUCUCCCACGGCGCGAACCCGGACGCCACCGACAGCACAAACCGAACAGCGCUGCACUUCGCGGCGUCGCGGGGAAACCUCCCCGUCAUCAACGACCUGCUUGGCGCUGGCGCAGACGUCCACGCCAGGAAUAACCUCAACCAGACACCCAUUCUACUCGCCGCAUCACGGGACCAGUAUCUCGCCGUCCAACGACUCCUCGGGAACGGCGCGAACAUCAACGACUCAGAUACCCGUGGCCGAACCGUCUUGAUCAUCGCUGCGGACCGCGGGAUGCUGAAUAUCGUGCGGCUGGCGGUGCAGAGCGGGGCAGAUGUGAACGCUGUCAAUGGAUUCGGGCGUACGGCUGUUUCUUGGGCCGCCGAGCAUGGGAAUGAGAAUGUUGUUGAGGUGCUGGUUGGUGCGGGGUGUGAUGUUAAUUUGCGGGAUCGGAUGGAGACCUCGCCGUUGGAUUAUUGUGUGCUGAGCACGCCCGCUGGGAGGAGGGUUAGGGCCUUGUUGGUUAAGGCUGGGGCGGAGGAGAGGGGUGCUUGA